CUUGAGUAGAAAAGCGUUUGUUGAUUUCACAUGUGAAAAAUGGAAAAGUUGCCAAAUUUUAAGAAUUUAACUGCCAGUGAUUAUGGCAGGCAUAAAGAGACACAAAACCAGAACAUUCAGGAUCUUGUAAGACCACACAUCGAAUCUUUCAAUUGUAUUAUACAUGAAGGUCUAGGCAAAAUCAUUGAGAAUUCGUUACCUGUGGAAUUUUCCUUGCCAAACGGUGACAGAGUGUCACUAACUUUACAGGAUAUCAUUAUUGGAAGUCCCAAAGUGCAUGAGAAGGCAGUAUGCAGAACUACAAAAGUAUACCCAGCUGAGUGUAGAUCACGAGGUGCAAGUUACAAAGGCCCCCUACAAGUGCAGAUUGGUUUCAGAGUUAAUGGACAAGCAGGGCCUCCCAUACCCAAAGUUCUUGGUCAGAUUCCUAUCAUGGUCAAGAGUGAAAUAUGUAAUCUAUCGAGACUGACACCACAACAACUAGUAAAACAUGGUGAAGAGGCAGAGGAAAUGGGUGGAUACUUUAUUGUAAAUGGGAUAGAACGUCUGGUUAGAAUGAUAAUUUUACCAAGAAGAAAUUAUCCUAUCUGUUUGACACGUGGAGGCUGGAGGAAGCGUGGUGCCAUGUUUUCUGACUAUGGUGUAAUGUUGAGAUGUGUAAGAUCCGAUCAUACUGCAACAAACAUGGUGUUACACUACCUAAACAAUGGAACAGCACAGCUAUGUUUCUUCCACAACCAGGAACUCUUCUUUGCUCCUAUUGUUAUGAUUCUUAAGGGUCUUAUGUCAGUACCAGACAAAUAUAUCUAUGAUGAAUUGGUGAAAGGUAAAGAAGAGGACUCCUUCUAUAAAGGGUGUGUUGUUGCUAUGUUACGCCAAGCUUUAAAUGAAGAUCUGCUCACCAAAGAAUCUGUGUUGAAAUACAUUGGCUCUAGAUUUCGUGUAAAGCUUGCAUUGCCAGAAUGGAAAACAGAUGAAGAAGUUGGGCAAUACCUAUUGAAACAAUGUAUAUGUGUACACCUGACAAGUGAUGUUGACAAAUUCAACCUUUUAGUGUAUAUGACAAGAAAACUGUUUGACUUUGCGAAGGGUAAAUGUGCAGCAGAGAAUGGCGACAGUCCUAUGUUACAGGAAGUAUUGCUAGGUGGCCAUCUAUUCCAGAUGUUUCUUAAGGAGAAGCUAGAUGGUUAUUUACAGACCAUAAAAUCUGUGAUAGAAAGACAAGCAAAGGCAUUCAAAGGAGGAAGUGACAGAUACAAGCUUACCCAAGAUUCUCUAAUAAAUGCAUUGAGGUAUGGACCUGAUAUCUGCAAGUCUUUUGAAUAUUUAGUUGCAACUGGAAACCUUGUCACCAAAUCUGGGUUAGCACUAAUGCAGUACUCUGGUAUGACUGUUGUUGCAGACAAGCUCAACUUUAUGAGGUAUAUUUCUCAUUUCCGUUGUAUACAUAGAGGAGCUUUCUUUGCCCAGAUGAGAACAACAGCUGUCAGGAAACUUCUGCCGGAAGCCUGGGGUUUCCUGUGUCCAGUACAUACCCCAGAUGGUUCUCCAUGUGGACUGAUGAACCAUGCCACAGCAAUGUGCCAGUUUCAGGUGUUUACAUUUCAUCAGUCAAUAAGAAAAGCCCUAGAUACAGUAGGUGUAUGCUCAUUGGAUAAUCCACCUUGUCCGAUUAAAGACUGUUACACUGUGAUGCUGGAUGGGAGGAUUGUGGGAUAUGUCAGUGAGGAGAUGGCACCACAGGUUGAACAAAAGCUACGAGUAAUGAAAGUAAAGGGACUACACAAGGUACCGCCUACAAUCGAGAUAUGUUUAGUAAAGAAAACAAAGUAUGCUAGUCAAUAUCCAGGUCUGUAUCUGUUCACAACACCAGCUAGAAUGGUACGCCCAGUGAAGAACCUCGCUCUCGAUGCUGUAGAGAUGAUCGGCACAUUUGAACAGGUUUACAUGGAUAUUUGCAUCAACCAGAGUGAGGCUUAUCAAGGGAUAACAACCCAUGAGGAACUGGAUGGUGUCAGUAUGUUGUCAGUUGCUGCCAAUUUAACACCAUUUUCUGACUUCAAUCAGAGUCCAAGAAAUAUGUACCAGUGCCAGAUGGGUAAGCAGACAAUGGGGGUACCAUUACACGCCCUCAAGUACAGGUCAGACAACAAGCUGUAUAAACUACAGACUCCACAAACCCCUGUGGUGAGACCCACAAAGUAUGACCAUUAUGAUAUAGACUCCUACCCACUUGGUACCAACGCUAUAGUUGCUGUUAUUUCAUAUACUGGUUAUGACAUGGAAGAUGCCAUGGUGAUCAAUAAAGGAUCGUUUCAGCGAGGAUUUGGUCAUGCAACUGUGUACAAAACAGAGGUUAUAAACCUGGCAGAAAUAGCAAAAACUACACCGCUUAUAUUCUCUGCUUCAGUUACAAGCAAGUCAUACCUGAAUGGGGAAGUUGAUAUUGAUGGUCUACCUUAUAUAGGAAGGUGUAUCAUGCCUAACACAGUGUACUACAGUUAUGUGAAUACACAAAGUGGUGAGGAGUCUGUAAGAUUAUACAAGAACCAGGAACCAGCCUAUGUAGAACACAUCAAGUUGCUAGGAAAUGAUACUGGAACCAGUGGCAAAUCAAAAGUUGCCAUUAUGCUUAGAAUCAAUAGAAAUCCAAUUAUUGGAGACAAGUUUGCUAGUAGGCAUGGUCAGAAAGGUGUAUGCAGUAUGAUGUACCCCGUAGAAAACCUGCCAUUCACUGAGAGUGGAAUGACUCCAGAUAUUAUCUUCAAUCCCCAUGGCUACCCUUCUAGAAUGACCAUUGGGAUGAUGAUAGAGAGUAUGGCAGGCAAAUCUGCAGCAUCAUACGGACAUUGUUAUGAUGCUACACCAUUCCAGUUCUCAGAGGAUGACCCUGCCAUUGACCACUUUGGAAACAUGUUAGUUAAAGCUGGCUAUAACUACCAUGGUACAGAGAGAUUUUACAGUGGAAUAGAUGGCAGGGAGUUAGAGGCCAGUAUCUUCAUGGGUGUGGUGUACUACCAGAGGCUUAGACAUAUGGUGUCAGAUAAAUUUCAGGUAAGAACAACAGGACCUGUAGAUCAAGUCACAUACCAGCCAGUAAAGGGACGAAAGAGAGGUGGUGGUGUAAGAUUUGGGGAAAUGGAACGAGAUGCCUUGAUCUCUCAUGGAACAUCAUUCCUGCUUCAAGACAGGCUUCUCAACUGCUCAGAUAAGUCUAUGGCUCCAGUUUGCACAGAGUGUAGAAGUCUUCUGUCUGUGUACAUGGAGAAAAGAGCCCCAGCAACAGCAGCAGCAUCGUUUGAGAAACAGAGACAGUGGUCAUGUUUACAUUGUAACUCUGGACGUCAUAUAGAGAUUGUUUCAGUACCUUACGUGUUCAGAUACUUAGUAGCGGAGCUUGCUGCCAUGAAUAUUAGACUGGAAUUGGAUGUACAGGGCUGAGUGAAGUACUAAAUGCAAACAUGGUUUUGUUUGUGACUGAAGGAACCACAAAAUUAAUAUUCAAUAAAAAUGUCAUCAAUGAUGAAGCUCGAGUCAUUUGAAUCUGCAUCAUCAGUGGACCUCAGCAGAACUUUUCCCAGAUAGUGUUUGCUAACAUCAGUGGACCUGCAGAACUUUUCCCAGAUAGUGUUUGCUAACAUCAGUGGACCUCAGCAGAACUUUUCCCAGAUAGUGUUUGCUAACAUCAGUGGACCGCAGCAGAACUUUUCCCAGAUAGUGUUUGCUAACAUCAGUGGACCUCAGCAGAACUUUUCCCAGAUAGUGUUUGCUAACAUCAGUGGACCUCAGCAGAACUUUUCCCAGAUAGUGUUUGCUAACAUCAGUGGACCUGCAGAACUUUUCCCAGAUAGUGUUUGCUAACAUCAGUGGACCUGCAAAACUUUCCCCAGACAGUGUUUGCUAACAUGGUUCUGUAGAAUCUGCCAACUGUGUGCAGAAACCUGUAAACUCUACAAUCAGCCAAAUGUUGACCAUGGUCUACUGUACUAAUACCUGUAUGUGACAGAAAGAUAACUGUGUGUGUUUAUCAAGUUGUAAGCUGUCUUUAGUAUAGAUGGCAUGUAUCUAGUCUAAAGUAGUAUCUGUAAAAUUGUUGGAAACAAAUCCUUGUUGUUUUGGGGCUUAAUUAUACCCACACCAAGAUUUUUUGGAAGGGCUUUAUAGGAAUCACUUUGUGCCUUCUGUUCCUGUCUCAUACCUUAGCCUAUCAUCUAAGGAACUUGUACAAAUAUCAUGUUGAAACUUACAAAGUCAUUGUCUGAUCAAACACUUGAAAGGAUAAAUGUUUAUUAAAUAAAAUACAGGAACUUCCUUAACACAGCAUGCUUGUCUAUUCAAAAUAAAUUUUUAUUUACUAGAAUGCUUAAACAUCCAAACAAUUCUGCCUUAACAUAGUUAGUGACCAAAGUGUUCUCUCAUUACAUAUCUUACAUAUCUGCUAUUAUUAUAAUAACAGACUAACAUAUUCAUCACAUAAAGUAUCAUGUAAAACUG